AUGACGCUGAUUGCCAACAAUCGCUUCUUUCGUCGGAAAUGGGACCUUGACCUGUUCAAUUCCACGAUCUUGAGUGAUGUUUGGCCGGAUAUUUUGUUCUUUACGGCUUUUUCCACUGCGGUUACCCUCGUUCACCAGCUUACCCCGCAUAAAUUGGGGAUAGAUACUCAGCUGUUGGUCGUGGCUGGUGUGGUACUCGGUUUGGUGAUAUCAUUUCGUACUUCUUCGGCCUAUGAAAGGUACCGAGAUGGCGCGAAAAUGUGGUCCAAUAUCAGAACCGGGUCGCGGAUACUGGCUCAACUUAUUUGGAUCCACGUGCCCGAUGAGCGUGAGGCGGACGAGGACGGACACGCACCGUCCCCAAUGGAAGUCAUAAUGGAGAAAAGAACGAUGAUCAACCUUAUCCACGCCUUCGCAGUAUCUGUCAAGCACUUACUUCGAGGGGAGCCCGGUGUAUUCUACGAAGACCUGUAUCCCAGUGUCGCCCAUCUGCCAAGAUACGCCGCCGACAAGCCUCAUCCAAACGAUAUCCUACCACUCUGGCACAUACACGGCGGUCGAAAGAUGACACCUGCUGCCGCCAAGCGAAAGGACACACUCAUGGCUCAAGUCAGUACUGAUAUACCCGAGCUUAAACCAGCCCGUAUGCCACCCGACACGACGAUUUACGACUACUUUGGUAUCCUGCGUUUGGGCCGGUUCAUUGGAAGGAGGCUGGCGCGUAAAACAGGCUUGAAGCCCGAUCCUCCCCCUAAACGGCCGAAGAAACGCAUUGCGUACUCGGAAGUCGUCGAGAGUACAGUCCCGUUGGAGUUGCAUCUCAUCCUCUCCAAUUAUACUGCUUUUCUGAUGCAGAAGGGUCUACUCAACCCCUCCGUUGCCAAUGCGAUGACCAACGCGCUUGCUCAACUACACGAUGCCCUCGCUCACCUAGACCGAAUAUGCAACAACCCCAUUCCUUUCGCAUAUCAGGCACAUUUGCGAAUUUGCUUGUGGCUAUGGCUUUUGAUCUUACCCUUCCAAUUGAUCAAUGCCCUUGGUUAUGUUACGAUCCCUGCUACAGCGUUCGUCGCCUUCCUCCUCACUGGGUUCCUGGAGAUUGGACAAGAAAUCGAGAAUCCUUUCAACUAUGGACUAAAUGAUCUCAAUUUGGACUGGUAUUGCGACACCAUCCGACGUAACCUCCACGAGAUUACCGCGAUACCCAAUCAAGACCCCCAAGAUUACAUCUUCAACGACCGAAACCAACCCUUCGCACCACUUGACCGCCGAACCGCAGCUGAGUUGAUUAGCACUCCAGAUGGGGAGUACAAAUCGACGCAUUUACCUUCGACGGGUGCCCCCACGUUUGAUGGAUUGGAUGGUGUACGGCAAUUGCUGCUGCGCAAUUGGAAGGAGGUGGACUGUUUGACGAGGAAGGUUCCCUCUAUUUGA